AUGGACUUCUAUGGCACGGCAGUGACUGCCAUCACCCAGCUCUAUCAAGUCACGGUCUUCAUUCAAGGCGUCGUCUCUGACGUUAAGGCCUUUGACGAUGACCGGGCUGAGAUUCGACUCAAGCUGGAUCUCCAGAUAGCCACUCUUCUCUUUUUCAAACGGAUUUUUGUCCACCCAGAACAUGGACUGAUGGUCCCAGGAAAGGUGGAGCCUUUCAUUGCCCAGACGGCGGAAAGGUUGCUGGUGCAGAUGAAAAAAACACUGUCUGAAUAUGAGGUUGUGGCGAUCAAGUAUGGCCUCGUGGACGAUGAGUACAUUAUCGAGCCCGAAAAGCCCAAGGCGCAAGAGUCAUUGAUGGAGCGGGCAAAGAGUAAAGUCAAAUCUCUAAAGCACAAGGGGUAUGACUGGUCACUCUUUGACAAGAAGAAGCUGUAUCAAAUCCUGGAGGCGUAUACCAAGUGGUCUGAAGAUCUGCGGAAUCUCAUGCAGCACAUGUCACAGGAGAUGCUAGCAAAACUGGCCGAAAACAAUCAUCAAGGAAUGAAAGACAGUGGUCUGGAAUCGGUCAUGAAUCGACGUAUACUGGCCAACGCCGUGGCACCGGCUGACUACCCGGGUUUAACUGGUACUGUCACCGAAGAAGGAAAACCAAUGGGGGGAUUCCAGCUGGGAAAAUGGUCUUCGGGUGCCAAAGAAACACAAGUGAUUGUCGAGUAUCACGAGUACGAAGGCGAGCUCAAGCACGAUGAUUUAGAGCCAGACGAAGUACAAGAGCUCAAACAACCCAUUCGCAACCUGGCUUGGCUGCUUCAAAGCACCACCUUCGUCGGAAAAUCACCCGACUCCCUUGAUCAGCCCAAGAUUUAUGCGCUAGAAUGCCUUGGAUUCAUCGAUCAACCCGUCCAGGAACGCAGCGUGUUUCUCUAUAAACUCCCCACAUCCAAUACAACAGCCAGCCCAUCGCUAACAACCCUACACGCAUUUAUCAAUGCAAUUGACAGCGCAAACAAACGACCACUUAAAAAACCCACCCUUAAUGAUCGUUUCAGCAUAGCACACAGUCUUGCUCUGACGCUCUCCAAUGUUCAUGGCUCAUCAUGGGUCCACAAAAACAUCUGGAGUAGGGGUAUCCUUCUGUUCGUCGAGACACCCGAAGAAGUCAGCGCUUCAGGUCUCUAUGAGCACCGCCUUUCUCUGCCUAACCCUAAAAACAAGAUUGUCUCCUUCCUAGGUGACUGGGGCUAUGCACGAUCUGUACAACAAGGCACAGACAUGCGCUCCGAUUUUGAAGUCGAGCCUAAUUUCUACCGCCAUCCAAAUCGGCAGGGUCGCCCAACACAGCAGUUUACCCCCCUGCAUGAUAUAUAUGCACUGGGUGUGGUGCUUCUUGAAAUCGGGCUGUGGGUUACACUAUCAAGGUUGAUGGAGUCGAAAAUCCGGGAGGCGGAGAAUAGUGGCCGGCUACCGAGGCCGAAGAAGGUGGUUGAGGAUUUGAUGGGAUUGGCAGCGCAGGGGCUGCCGAAAGAAAUGGGGGCAGGAUAUAUGCGAGCUGUGCUUUGCUGCCUAAAGGGUGAUUUCAGGAAGACAGAAGGAAUGGGUUUGGCGGUGGAUUUCCAGGAGAAGGUAGUGGAUGUUCUAAAGGCUGGUAUUGAAUUAUAG